AAAUUUCAUAUAACUAGCUGUUUCUUCCUUCAUGUCAGUACAUGCAUAUCCACAAUAAUUAAUAAUUUAGCCCUGCCUGUGAAAGAAUAAACCAUAUACAUUUAUUUGGUGUGAUCUAACAAACCACUUGUAUGAUAUGCUAAUCAACACUAUUGUAGAAAUGGAGAAAAAAUUAGUUAUGAAGAACGAAGAAAUAGAAAAAUUGAGAGCACAAUUAUUAUCAACCAAACCAUUAAGUCUCGAAAGACAAGAAUGUAUUACAUUUGAGGAUGAUAUUUAUGACUUCAUCACAAUAGACCAUCCCUUAUUGAUAAAAAUUGUGAGAACAGAACAGUUUACAAGACUCAAGAACAUUAAAAAAUUGGGCUACACCUAUCAUAAUAUACCAAGAGCAACAUGUUCAAGAUAUGAGCAAAGCAUUGGAAUGUAUUAUUUUGCUGGAAAAUUUGUGAAGACACUCAGGAAGAGACAGCCUGAGCUAAAUAUUACUGAUUCUGAUGUUUUGUGUGUACAAAUUGCUGCUCUUUGCUAUAACCUUGGCUUUGGUCCUUUCUCUCACAUUUUUACUGAUUUCUUGAAGGAAAUAAAAGCUUCUAGACGUUACUGGAAAGGCUCACGUGCUAACGUGAUGAUGUUCCAACAUAUGAUUGAAGCCAACAGAUUGCCAUUUGAUGAAUAUUUGAAUAAUCCUGAACAAGAUAUUGAAUUUAUUAAAGAGCUAAUCACAGGAAGAAUGGGACCCCAAGCUAAAAUACGUGAAGAUAAGGUGUUCCUUUAUGAGAUAGUGGUGAACAGAAUGAGUGGUUUGGAUGUAAACAGAAUGGAUUAUACAAUGAGAGAUGCAGGUGUCUUGGGAAAGAGGAUCAAUUUUAAGUGGAGAAAAUUUCUGAGUAGAAUACGUGUUAAAAUGUGUCCUGAUGGAAAGAGACACAUUUGUGUUAUUGAAGAAGAUUUAGACACGUACAAUGGAUUUUUUGCUGAUCGUCAUAAUCUUUUUAAAAAUUUAUAUUUUGAAAGAAAGAACAGAAUUGUUGCUACAAUGAUCAAUCGAAUUCUGAUAAAAUGCGGAGAGGCUGAACUUAUUAAAGGAUCUGAUGGGUAA